AUAUGAAGUACGCGCUUGAGAGCGAGCCGCCAGCCGUGGAAAGGGCUCAGUGGCCUGCCUAGCGGAGCCAGUAAGGCUAAGGCUGAUCGCGUAGUUAACAUGUGCUUGUAAGAACUAAGAAGAGAGAAUGGCUUCGUCAGUCGACACGUUUGCCAUAAGCAAGGAUGCUGCGGCAUCAGACGUUGAGCUGUUGAAGGCUGAAAUCCUAAAGCUGUUGCAAAAUAAGUCUCGGGAGGUCAGAGAAUUGGAUGUGGGUCGACAUGUGGACCGCGUGCCCAUCAGCCAGCUGAGCCCCAUGCGCUUUGCCACCGAAUACGUGCAGCGCAACAAACCAGUGAUCAUCACAGGCGCCAUCGACUCCUGGCCCGCCAUGCGGCUGUGGGGCGAGCGCUACCUGGUAGCCCACCCGGCGGGGCGGGUGCCCGUCACGGUGGACGUGACCCCCAACGGCCGGGGGGACGCCAUCACCGCUGUGGCCCCUGCCGGCCACUCGGGCUGCCCGCCUCCCCGCUGGUUCGUCACCCCGCACGAGCGGCGCAUGACACUGGGGCAGUUCUUCGCGCUGAUGAAGGAAACCCGCGCCCGUGACCAGCAGGCGGAGUGCGGAGGUAGCACACCGCCUCGUGAGGUGCCGUACAUGCAGCACCAGAACAGUAACCUAUCGGAGGAGCUGUCCCCCCUGCUUGCUGACGUGGGGGAGGAGCUGGGCUGGGCGGAGGAGGUGUUCGGGGGGCCACCGGAGGCCAUCAACUUGUGGAUAGGCGACGAGCGCAGUGCCACCUCUUUCCACAAAG